CGUAUAAAUCCCAGUAGCUGAUCAGCAGAGCUCAGACAUCAAACCGACCCCGCGCGAGCAGAGACGCCAGCGGACACCUCUCUCUCCCUACCCGCUUUAACAUUAACAACCGCUCCUCCGGAAACGUGCUCACAUUUAAAGCUGCCCAUUUUUGGAGCGCUUCCAUUUGGGUCUGAGCGCACUUUGACGGAUCUGCUGCUGCUGCUGUCCAGUGCUGAAGUUGCAUUUCGCCUGUGCGGAACGGCUUGCGCACAACUGAAGCUCCGGAGCUUCCGCGUCUUUCCCCCCCCCGCUCAGGUGUUUGACUUUCAGCCCUACAGGACCAACUCUUUUAUUGUGCGGUGGAUAGAGCGAGGAUAUCGUGCUGGAAGAGGCUUUCCGCUCUGCGCUUUAAACAUGCCAAGGUCUUUUUUGGUGAAAAAGGUGAAGCUAGAUGAUUUCUCAUCCACUGAACUUGAGCGCGCGUACGGCAGGUCCAGGACCGAUCUUAGCUUUCGGAUACACGACAAAGGCUACAUCAGUGACUACAUCACCCCGGCCGUUUACGAUGGAGAAAGUGAUGGUGGCACUAAAGUACCUUCUCCAGGACCGAUUUACGACAGUAACCACAGCGACUACGGGGCACCUGACUCGGACCAGCCUGACAGCCCGCAAUCCGAGAUCACAUCCGGGUACAUCAACGGCGACAACGCAGUGAGCGAAGGUUAUGCCGCUGACGCGUUCUUCAUCACAGACGGCAGGUCCCGUCGGAAAGUGCUCAGCGGCUCGCGGACCCUCCAGCGGCACACGUGCAACGAAUGUGGCAAAACCUACGCGACGUCUUCCAACCUGAGCAGGCACAAACAGACGCACCGGAGCCUGGACAGUAAGAUGGCCAAAAAGUGCCCGACAUGUGGGAAAGCCUACGUGUCCAUGCCAGCCCUGGCCAUGCACCUGCUUACCCAUGACCUCAAGCACAAGUGUGACAUAUGUGGGAAAGCGUUCAGCAGACCUUGGCUACUGCAGGGCCACAUGCGCUCUCACACGGGCGAGAAGCCCUUUGGAUGUGCACACUGUGGAAAAGCGUUCGCCGACCGUUCCAACCUGCGGGCGCACAUGCAGACCCACUCCGCGUUUAAGCAUUUCAAAUGCAAGCGAUGCGACAAAACUUUCGCGCUCAAGUCCUACCUGAACAAGCAUUACGAGUCGGCGUGCUUUAAAGGCGCGUUCUCGCCGCUCGCGUCCGUCGAGGCGUGACUUCCGUAAGCGCUCACUCCCCCGUCACGUGUUAGGAUGAUUACGCUAUCUUACACAGUUAUGUCUCACAAUCAAAAUGAAACCCAGUAAUAGCACAAUUUUCUCUAUAUUUCUUUCUCGCAAAGUUGACCAUAAAGGAAUAUGGAACCUUCGCAUGCACUUCAGCACCCGUGUCCUCAAAUGACGUUCAGACAGUUCACCUCGGCGCUGCGCAGUGCUUGACUAUGACUUGCGUCGAGUGAAGGUUUGAGUGACACCAUGUUCCUCAUUAAAAUAAAACUCUUUUGUAUUGUCAGUGGAUAUUAUCAUACUGCUGCAGGUGGCCCAAACGUAUUCACAAUCGAGGUAAACUGGUAUUAUUUAUUUAUUUAUUUAUUUUUUAUAUAUUUAUUUUUGUCUGUUUUUAUUGCUUCAUCUAGGAUGUAUGAUUCUCUAUGAUGCACUGAAAGUGUGAUUGUCAUAUAUUUAUUUAUUUAUUUAUUUUAAUGAUUAAUUUGGCCUUUUUCUUUCUCAAUAACGUUGCCUUUUGGGUUACGCCAGUCUUAUUAACAUGCCAAAGCAUUUAGAUCCAUGGUAAUAAUUUUUUUUUUUUUUUUUUUUUUUUUUCUUUUUUUUUUUUUUUG